AGAGUUACUUUCUCUCUCUACCCUUGACCUAGAAUCCUAGAUCUUUCCUCAAGUAACCUAAGAGCACCUUACUACAACUGCUCUCAUGGCAUAUAGCAUAUAAGCCCUUGCCUUAGAGCCAACGGUUUGUGUCUUUCUCUCUCUGCGCUUCUCUCUUUUUCUCUCUAUUUCUUCCAUCGUUUUUUGUUCAAAACCCUUGAAAAUGGCCGCCGCUCAACAGGCAACCGACCGUAUCACCACGAAUGAGCCUACUGAGUCAUUGAACAUAUUGGCACUUGAUGAUGAGGGAAAAUCUUCCAAAGCUGAAGAUGCAAAGGAACAGCCUCUAUCCACCAAAGGUGAGGGCUUGGAGUCCUCUGAAGCUCAAUUGGAUGCAACCACCGUUGUUCCUUCUAGGGAUGGGAGUGGCCAACCUGGAUCAGUUGAUGCCAGUGGAGAUUCUGGUUCAUUCUAUCCACCCAAUGUUUAUGCUCCUCAGGCAUAUUAUAUUGGAGGUUACGAUGCUCAUGUUGGUGAGUGGGAUGAGUAUCCUCCAUAUGUAAAUGCCGAAGGCAUGGAAGUCGGCUCUCCGGGUGUCUAUAAUGAGAACCAAUCCGUUGUAUACCAUCCAAGCUUUGGGUAUAACCCUCAAAUGCCCUACGGCCCCUACUCUCCAGCUACAACCCCUUUGCCAUCCGUUAGGGGAGAUGGGCAGCUCUAUCCCCCACAACAGUAUUCAUUUGCAGGUCCAUACUAUCAACAACCAGUUCCACCUGGCUUACCAUACAUUAAUUCCCCAACACCUUUAUCUCAGGCUGAGCUCUCUAGUCCAUCAGCAAUUGAUCAACAACAAGGUGGUUUCCUUGCUGAUGCUUCAAAUACAAAUGCAAUUCCAUUUGGGCCAAGACCCAACUACCCAGUUCCCUUUGGGUCAUUUGGUAGAGGUAGCUUGGGUGGAAAUAGUGGAAACCCUACUUAUUACAAUGCAAGGCAAGGUUAUGAUGGGUUUGGAAAUGGGUCUUGGUCUGAUUGGUCUAAAGCUCCUGAUGGUCAUCACAGGUCUUUGACUGGUUUGGCAUCGCCAACCUCUUCUUCACAACCAAUGGCUGCACUUGGAUCAUUCGGGCACAGCAUUGCACCUCUGUCACCUGCUACAACUUCUCAGCAACAGAGACCACUCUAUGGCAUCGGGGGCACGCAAAGCUCGUACAGCAGAGGUUAUCCACAAAGCAGAAUCUAUCAAAGUGGUAGUUUUGGAAGGUCUUCUCCUGCUCUUGGAGCCAUUGGUAGGAGUUGGAUUGCUGUUGAGAAGAGCAGGAGGAGAGGUAGAGGUGGUGGAUCUUUGUGCAACUGCAAUGGCACCAUUGAUGCCCUCACUGAGCAGAAUAGGGGGCCAAGGAUGUCAAGAUCAAAGAAUCCGCAAGGAGAUCAGAACUCAUCAGCUGAUACCAAAAAUGGUACAUCAGAAAGCAAUGAAUUAUAUAACCGGCUCGACUUUAAUAUUGAGUACAAAGAUGCGAAGUUCUUCAUAAUAAAGUCGUAUAGUGAAGAUAAUGUCCACAAGAGCAUUAAGUAUGGGGUUUGGGCUAGCACAGCCAAUGGGAACAGGAAGUUGGAUGCCGCCUAUCGGGAAUCCAAGGAGAAAGAUGGGCAUUGCCCCGUUUUCCUUCUUUUCUCAGUAAAUGCUAGUGCGCAGUUUUGUGGGGUAGCAGAGAUGAUGGGUCCAGUUGAUUUUGAGAAGAGUGUGGAUUAUUGGCAACAAGACAAGUGGAGCGGUCAGUUCCCUGUCAAGUGGCAUAUUGUUAAAGACGUUCCCAACAGUCAGUUCCGCCAUAUUAUCCUUGAGAACAAUGACAACAAGCCUGUUACCAACAGUAGAGACACUCAGGAGGUAAAACUAGAGCAGGGCCUCGAAAUCCUGAAAAUAUUCAAGAACUACAACUCUAAUGUCUCGAUUCUCGACGAUUUUGAGUUCUAUGAAACCCGCCAAAAAGCCAUGCAAGAGAGAAAAGCAAGGCAGCAACAAGCAGCCCUAGCUGAGCACACAAAACCAGCCUCCUCUGCACUCUCCGGUGAGAAACAAGCUACCCCACAAGACAAAAACCAGACAGCAGUUCCAUUUUCUAGCGAUGUGGUGAAGCAAUUGCCAAAGACAUUUGCCAAUGUAUUGAGGUUGGGAGAAGCAAAAGUUGCCGGAAAAGAAAACCCGUCUCCUGAAAAGGUCAGAGCCCAAGUUGGAGACGAAGUGUCGGCAACCACGUCAAGUAGCUAACAUGGGGCUGCUUUCUCUUCCGAGGAAUAUGAUGCUGCUUUCUCUCUCUAGCCAGAAUUUCAGAUGGUCCGCAAAGUUUCUUUCUAGAAAGGGGAGAAUUGAUGGAGUGGCACUAUGGAGGCCUGAAGAUGUGCGAGAGUUGGCAGAGGGGAGUUUCUGGUUGUUUCUCUCUCUAUAUGUAACAUAGUUUUUCUUUGCUUCUUGCUUUUUUACCUUUUUCUUUUUCUUUUUUGCGUUUUGUAUCUUGAGGUGUUCAAGUGAGAGAAGCAGUUAUUUGAAGCUGCUCGAUGCCGAGUCGUCUCCUCUCUGUAAAUUUCUCUCUACCCCAGCUUGAAAGGCUGAUGAAUAAAAAGAAUGAUGCCUUGAGAGUGUUUCUCUUUCA